GCCAUUCGCCAUUCGCCAAUUUAUCGUAGCCUCAACUGAAAAUCAGUUCUGAGACCACGAAAACAAAAUGCAUUCUCGAUUCAAAUCUGUGUCUCGAACCCUAAUCAACUCAAAUCUCCUCUCCUCUGUUUCAGUUCGAACCUUCUCUUCUCAGUUCCAACAACCGCAAACCCUAACCGAGCUACGCCACCGUCUCGCUGCCGAUUCACCCACCUUAACCGACUUCAUCCGCCUCCAAUCCGAUGAAGAGUAUUCUGUUGAGGUUGGUACGAAGAAGAAGCCCUUACCCAAGCCUAAAUGGAUGAAGGAAUCCAUCCCCGGUGGGGAAAAGUACACGCAUAUUAAAAAGAAGCUUAGGGAAUUGAAGCUUCAUACGGUUUGUGAAGAAGCCAAAUGCCCUAAUUUAGGGGAGUGUUGGUCCGGUGGUGAAACUGGCACCGCCACCGCUACUAUUAUGAUUCUUGGUGAUACUUGUACUAGAGGUUGCAGAUUCUGCAAUGUGAAGACUUCCCGCACUCCACCUCCUCCUGAUCCAAAUGAACCUUCCAAUGUUGCCGAGGCAAUUGCUUCGUGGGGUUUGGAUUAUGUGGUAAUUACUAGUGUUGAUCGUGAUGAUUUAUCUGAUCAAGGGAGUGGUCAUUUUGCUGAAACAGUGCAGAAAUUGAAGAUACUGAAACCUAGUAUGCUGAUAGAAGCCUUGGUUCCUGAUUUUCGAGGGGAUGUCACGUGUGUGGAGAAAGUUGCAAAGUCUGGAUUGGAUGUAUUUGCUCAUAACAUAGAAACAGUUGAAGAGCUUCAGAGUUCAGUACGAGAUCAUCGUGCCAACUUUAAGCAAUCCUUGGAUGUUUUAAUGAGGGCAAAAGACUAUGCUCCAGCUGGCACACUUACAAAGACCUCAGUAAUGUUGGGUUGUGGGGAAACACCAGAUCAAGUAGUGAAUACAAUGGAGAAGGUGAGGGCAGCUGGUGUUGAUGUUAUGACAUUUGGCCAGUACAUGCGACCUUCAAAGCGUCACAUGCCAGUUUCUGAGUACAUAACACCAGAAGCUUUUGAGAAAUAUCGUUUACUGGGCAUGGAGAUGGGAUUUCGGUAUGUGGCAUCUGGCCCCAUGGUGAGGUCCUCGUACAAAGCAGGUGAGUUUUACAUCAAAUCAAUGAUAGAAAGAGAUCGUGCUGCAUCUGCAUAAUAACUUCAUUCCGUUAAUUGUAACGUUUUAUAUCCCUUUAUGCAAUCGAUAAUAUUUGAAUCCUGAUGAAUGUUGAGAAACAAGAAAAUGGAACUAACCAAAGGACCUUGCUGCUCAACUGCAAGAGACCUUCCAUUGUUAAUGGUUAUACUUGCUGCUGCUGCUGCUACUUGUGUAUCUCAUUCAGUGUAAUUAUGUCAUUGCUGUGUAAUGAUUUCUUAAAACUGAUUACUGUAAAUGCUCUCUUUAAUAAAAUACAGUCCCUUUGCUCAA